CUUGUUUCUUCUCAUUUAUUAUACCUAAAGAGUCGAAACCAAUUGAGAACUCAGUUUUUCCACGAGGAAAAAAAAAUUCCUAGGAGAGCUAAUAAAGUUAUGGGUGUGUCACCAUUAUUGAUGAAGAACCUUGGUUUCAUCUUCAUGAUUGUUUCAGCUUCUGCUCUUUCUGUCUCUUUUGCAGGCCGACCAUCGGUUCUAGUCCAUACACAUAUAGAUCUUCGUGAUGAGAUGGUGGAAAGAAGCAUGCAUGAUCAUGAGAGGCUUUUAAGAAUGAACACAAAGGAUUAUGGGCACAACAGUCCGUCGCCAAGACUUGAGAGGCCUCCUUUCAAGCUUAUUCCCAAUUGAUGACAUCAGAAUUGGUUCUAAUCCACAUUAAUUAAUAUAAAUAUAUACAUAUAUAGGUUUAAUUAGUUUCAGUGACUAUAUAGUUUCAUCGAAAUUGAGAGAUGUAAUAUAAAUAUAUGUAAUAACUAAAUAAAAGGUAAGCAGCUAGACCUAGCUAUGCUACUACUAUAUACUAUAUAUGCUCUGCGCUUAUUUAUCCAUGGCA